ACCUGCGGGGGGGGGAAGUGUAUUUGGGGCUCAUUAUACCUUAUUAGGACUAAUCAAGUGCCUCCUUUGGGCGGGGAUGCCAACUCAGUUCGUGACAUCACGCAGGAGCGCGGUGACAUCACGGUCGCAGGACUGGAACGACAUCCACGCUCCCGCGGGCGGCCGUUUAACGGCACCGCCCCCGAUGUCUUACUUCCGCUGUAUAUUUGCAUAUUCAUCGAGCGGACGUCGGCGCGUCAGUCUCGACGCGGUGACAUCAGUGAGCGCCUCUGCAGCUUACCCCGAGCGUGCGUACGCACGUACGCAAGCACGCACGGCCAGAACGGGCGGGGGAGGAGUGGGGAAGUUGGAGGAGCCCCGCCCAGUCAGCAAGGUUGCGCGUGCCCCGUGCGGCCGCCAAGAUGGUGGUGGGCGCGUUCCCUAUAGCGAAGCUGCUAUACCUGGGCAUCCGGCAGGUCAGCAAGCCGCUUGCCAACCGCAUUAAGGAGGCUGCCCGCCGAAGCGAGUUCUUCAAGACCUAUAUUUGCCUUCCGCCGGCACAGCUGUACCACUGGGUGGAGAUGCGGACCAAGAUGCGCAUCAUGGGCUUCCGGGGCACGGUCAUCAAGCCGCUCAACGAGGAGGCGGCCGCCGAGCUGGGCGCAGAGCUGCUGGGCGAAGCCACCAUCUUCAUCGUGGGCGGAGGCUGCCUGGUGCUGGAGUAUUGGCGCCACCAGUCGCAGCAGCGCCACAAGGAGGAGGAGCAGCGCGCGGCCUGGAACGCGCUGCGGGACGAGGUGGGCCACCUGGCGCUGGCGCUGGAGGCGCUGCAGGCGCAGGUGCAGGCGGCGCCGUCGCAGGGCGCCCUGGAGGAGCUGCGCACCGAGCUGCAGGAGGUGCGCGCCCAGCUCUGCGCCCCUGACCCGCCGCCCGCGCGCCAGACCGCGUCUUCCUCCAAGAAAUAGGGGUGCAGAGGCCUGGACUUGAGUGUGGUGCCGCGUGCCCCGCCUUGGCCGCCUCCCUGAACUCGCUGGCCCAGGGGAAACAACCAAGAUCUGGAUGGGACUUGGCGUUUGGUCAUUCCCUACUGGAGGAACAGGGCUACCUUCCCCUGCUUCCCCUGGGACAAGGCCGGCAGGGGACGCGCCUCACAGCCCCCUCCAGCCCCUGCUCCGCACCCGCCACAGUGCUCACCUGCCACCCAGGCCCCCAGAACGCAAGGCCGUGGCCAGCAGGACUGUGUGCUGUCCCUCGUCCUCCUGUUACCCUGCCUUUCCCCCUUGCCCCGCCACUGGAGGAAUGUCCCCUCUGUCAGCUGGCUCUGUGGAAUGCACUUGUCCCUGUGUGGCUUCUCAGGUCACUCCAGCUGGGCAUCUCUGCCCUGUUGGAGGAGAGAAGGGGGGAUCCUGGCCUGCGGCACUGGUGGGCUCAUGUUCCUAUCCCCCUCGCUUCACCUUCCCCCAGACGCCAAGUGGGUAUUCCUGCAGGACGCCCCUCAGCCCUGGGGCAGUGGCACAGUCCACCGGCUGGCGCUGCAGGGUCUUGUGUGGCGCUGUCCCCCACCGCCUCCCGUCGAGGAGACUGAUCCCCACGGGGCGUCAUCCUGUCCGUCUUCGUCCUCAGCCGCUCCCUGUCCUCAGAGGCCCCGAACCUUGUGCCCCGGGGCGCACCCUCUCCUACCUUGCCACCAUCGUCGGCAUCUCCCAGGCUGGUGGCCUGUGCGUUGGAUCGUCACCCCUCCCUCUUCCCUGCACACCCUUCCAUCAGGAUGCCCUGGCCCUGGACUAGAAUCUCCUCAUGUGGCGGGACCCCUUGCCUGUGGAGGCCCAGGCCUCUCCUCCGUCCCACUAGACGAGGGGAACCGUUGGUCUCACCUGUUUUCAGUUCUCUGCACUGCCGUAAAUCACUCAGAAGAGCAGGAGUUUGUUCUCGCAGCUCUGGAAGCCAAAAGUUCAGAUGAAGGAGUCAGCAGGGCCACACCCGCUUCCACUUUCUGGUGAUUCCAGGCCCCAUCGGCAGGUGGCCUGCUCCCCCUCUUCUGUCUCUUAGAAAGACAGCUGUCACCCAGGCGUGGUGGCGCACGCCUGUAAUCCCAGCCCUUGGGAGGCUGA